ACGCUUGUCCGUUAAGCAAUUGCACGAUAGAUAGUGGUUUUCUGAAACAAAAAGAGAUCCUCGGAAAAGGAAACUACAUCGGCCCCGCGCUAAGUUACCACUUUCUUACUUACAACACUUUUAAGCUCUCUUCAUCCCUUUGAAUUUCAUUCAUUUGUUGAGUGCGAUCGAUGGAAUCGAGUUCGGGGCAGCAAGAAUUCGAUUAUUUGUUCAAGUUGUUGAUGAUUGGAGACUCUGGGGUUGGCAAAAGUAGUCUUCUUCUCAGUUUCACCUCCGAUGCUUUUGAAGAUCUCUCUCCCACUAUUGGUGUUGAUUUUAAGGUCAAAUAUGUGAUGAUGGGGGGUAAAAAGCUUAAGCUUGCCAUUUGGGAUACUGCUGGUCAGGAGAGAUUUAGAACACUGACAAGUUCUUAUUACCGAGGGGCACAAGGAAUCAUCAUGGUUUAUGAUGUAACUCGGCGAGAAACAUUUACAAAUCUUUCUGAAAUAUGGGCAAAGGAAAUUGACCUUUAUUCGACAAAUCAAGAUUGCAUCAAGAUGCUUGUUGGAAACAAAGUAGAUAAGGAGGGUGAUAGAGUUGUGACAAAGAAAGAGGGAAUAAACUUUGCCAGGGAAUAUGGUUGCCUAUUUAUUGAAUGCAGUGCUAAAACUCGUGUUAAUGUACAGCAAUGCUUUGAAGAGCUUGUUUUGAAGAUUCUGGAUACACCUAGUCUCUUAGCUGAGGGCUCUAAGGGAGUAAAAAAGAAUAUUUUUAAGGAAAAGCCACCCCAGUCUGAUGCAUCCACAAGUAGUUGUUGCUGAUUUGAAGAAGCCAUUUCACUCAAAAACGUGCAUGUUAAGAAUUAAGAUCUCCAAGAGAAGGGCGCUACAUCCAUUUGCAGAAUCUUAACAAUUUGCUGGUUGUUUAGCAUCAGAGGAAGCCAAUUUUUUUUAAAAAAAUUUCAUGUUCUUGUUUUGUCCUGAAUAUUAGAUGCAACAUAAUGAUGAUGGUUGUCGGCAGUUUUCUUUUCAGUUUUUCGUCUUUGGAUUUCUUGUUUGUCUGGGUCACAUUUCAUUUCAUGGUGAAAUCUGAAUUAUAAUGCACAAUCCCUCGUCUUGUAAAUUUAAAAGUAUCAAGUAGUGUGAAAUCUAAACUACCGUGUUAUU